GCGUGCCCCGGAAGCAGUUCUUUGGCCCUGUGACACGUAGCAACGGGGCUACAACAGGGUCUGGAACAACUUGGAUUGGGGGUUAUUUGGGGCCGCUGGAGGUACAACUGCUGCCGCCCCCGCGUUUGAUCAUUUGCAAUGUCAGGCUUUGACAACUUAAACACGGAAUUCUACCAGACAAGUUACAGCAUCGAUGACCAAUCUCAGCCGUCCUAUGAUUAUGGAGGAAGUGGAGGACCUUAUAGCAAACAGUAUGCUGGCUAUGACUACUCGCAGCAAGGCCGAUUUGUCCCUGCAGACAUGAUGCAGCCUCAGCAACCAUACACUGGUCAGAUUUUCCAGCCAACUCAGACAUAUACUCCAGCUACACCUCAGCCAUUCUAUGGAAACAACUUUGAGGAUGAACCACCUUUAUUAGAAGAGUUAGGUAUCAAUUUUGACCACAUCUGGCAAAAAACACUAACAGUGCUACAUCCAUUAAAAGUAGCAGAUGGCAGCAUUAUGAAUGAAACUGAUUUGGCAGGACCAAUGGUUUUUUGCCUUGCCUUUGGAGCCACGUUGUUACUGGCUGGUAAAAUCCAGUUUGGCUACGUAUAUGGGAUCAGUGCAAUUGGAUGUCUGGGGAUGUUCUGUUUAUUAAACUUAAUGAGUAUGACAGGUGUUUCAUUUGGUUGUGUGGCAAGUGUUCUGGGAUACUGUCUUCUUCCCAUGAUCCUGCUUUCCAGCUUUGCAGUGAUAUUUUCUUUGCAAGGAAUGGUAGGAAUCAUUCUCACUGCUGGGAUUAUUGGAUGGUGUAGUUUUUCUGCUUCCAAGAUUUUUAUUUCUGCAUUAGCUAUGGAAGGACAACAACUUUUAGUAGCAUAUCCGUGUGCUUUGUUAUAUGGAGUCUUCGCCCUAAUUUCCGUCUUUUGAACUGAACUUACUGGAAUGUGGACAUCUGUGGGCCAAAUACACAAAAAGGACCUUGAACUCUUAAAUUGGACCAGCAAACUGCUGCAACACAAUUCUCCUGCACAUUUACGAUACACUAUUGAAGCAGUGGAAGUAAACAUGUAUCUUUUGUUCAUUUUUAUAGAACUUUUGAAUACUCUAUUGGAUUUACCUGCAGUAUGACUAGCUCUAAGUGUUUGCGCUUAUACAAAUAAGAAGUGCUAUUUCUUUCCUGUUCUGCAUUCUUUGAAAAACAACUUUUCUUCCUUACAAAUUAUAUUAUGAUGUUUUUGAUAGAUUUUUAUCAACUGUGGGAAACUAACCACAAAGCUGAUAAUCUUUCUUAAAAACAACCCAGUUAUAGUAAACAAAACACAAAAACUAUUGCAGAAAUAUUUUCCAAGGAAUUAGGAAAGAAAAAUUACCUAUUCUCAAGUUAAGUGCACUGAAACAACAAAAAAGAAUUCAGUGCAGUGUUGUGAGUUUGCACUUCAAAAAUAUUGAUAUUCCUGUAAAUUAUCUCAUGAAAAUUUUUGCUAAAAUUCAAAGAUAUGGGAAGUUCACAAUCUACCUUAUUAUAGACAUGAAAUGUAAACAGCUGUAGAGAUAUUAGUAUUAUCUAAAUCUGAACUGGCCACAUUAUUGCUUAGUUGGGUCUCCACAUUUCCCAAGAGAAAGAAAAUCACUAACCUUUUUUGAGAAAAAUAUUUAAAAUUUCACAAUUUGAGUAUUGCGGUUAUCAAUGUAAAGUGCAUUUGAUGCUUAUUAAUUAAAGUUUUCCCAAUUAAUUUUAACUGUGUUGUUGAGUUUACUUUUAUUAAACCACUGUUCUUUCUGUCUCAUUUUCUCUAAUUAGGGUUUGCUCUUGACUCCCAACCUAACACUAGCUUUAAAAAUAGAAUUCAGUUAGUAUAGAAUCAGAAAAAGAAGAUUAAAUGAGAAGAAAUUUACUGAGUUACUUUAUUUCCUUACAUUGAAUUCAUUUGAUUUAUAGUCUUAAGCUUUCUAGCCAGAGAAUCUGUAUGAAAAUACUAUGUCCUGUUUGUGGAUCACUGGCUUUUUAUAGAGAAACUGCCUUUAAUUCUAGAUAAGUUCUGUUACACCUAUGAGAAAGUCAUGGUACGGGGAGGAAAAUGUUAUCUUUUUUUAAAAAAGAGACUUUCAGACUAAAGAAAAAAUGCCAUACUGAUGAAUUUGUAGAGCAAUUUUUCAAGUGUAAAAGGAGUGUGGGGUAAAUUAAAACACAUUUCCUGUAAGAUCCUAAGUUCUAAUUUCUGGCAUCACAUAAAUAUAUUUUUCUUCAUACUUAAUCUUCAGGAGAAACAUUUGCUAAUAGUUUU